AUGGAAAUUGCAAUUCUUGAGGUAUUUCCGGACUCUCAUCAUCGGUUAUGUCUUUGGCAUAUUAUGAAAAAACUUCCAGCUAAGUUUAGUAGUCAUGCCGAUUAUAAGUUGAUAAAGAGAAACUUGAAGAAUAUUGUUUAUAAUUCUUUGACAUCUACAGAAUGUGAUAGCAACUGGAAAAAAUUUAUCAAAGAAUUUAACUUGGAGAAAAAUGAUUGGUUGAAUUCUUUAUAUGAAAUUCGUCAUAAGUGGAUGCCUGUGUAUGUGAAAGAUAAAUUUUGGGCAGGGAUGUCGACAAGUCAAAGAAGUGAAAGUAUGAAUGCUUUUUUUGAUGAUUAUGUUCAUUCAAAAACAACUUUGAAGCAGUUUGUUGAACAAUAUGACAAUGCUUUGAAAAGCAAGAUUGAAAAGGAAGAUAAUUCUGAUUUUGCAUCUUUUAAUUCAAUAAUUCCGGUUAUCGGUGGCAAUCCAAUUGAAAAGCAGUUUCAAAGUGUUUACACUAACAAGAUAUUUAAGUUGUUUCAAAAUGAACUACGAGGUUUGAUGUUUUGUAAUACUUCAUUUAUGAAGGAAGAAGGAUCAACAUUGUUUUUUGAGGUGAUGGAAACUGUAUAUGGAAAAGAUGGAACAACUCCAAAAGAGAUUUCCUUUUGGGUACAAUAUAGUGAGUUACAAUGUGAGAUGAAGUGUUUGUGUCGUCUCUUUGAGUUUCGUGGAAUUGUGUGUAGACAUUUGCUUUCUGUUUUGGUAAAAAGAAAAGUCACUACAGUUCCAGAAAAUUAUAUUUUGGAACGAUGGCGCAAAGACAUUAAACGUGGAUAUCAAGGAAUCACUAAUAUUUAUGAUGAUUCUUCUCAGCAUGCAGAGGAAAGACGAAGAUAUAAUAAUCUUCAACCAUUGUUACAGGAAGUGGGACAACUUGGGUCAAAAAAUGAUGAGAGAUGUUUUGUUUUAAUAGGGAUAUUAAAAGAAGCAAAAAAAAAGUUUAUGGAUACCAAUAUUGGUGAUUCAUUGGAUGGUGUUCAGGAUAGCAACAUAAUACAUGAGGAAUCAAGAAAUGAGAGCAAAAAGUUUCACAGCCCACUGAAAGUAAGGUCUCGUGGACGUCCACCCACGAAAAGAAAACAAUCCAAAAUUGAACAAAUUGAGAAAAGGGCAAAGGCAAAGUCUCGAAAAAAGGGUUCUAUAAUUGAUAGAAAGCAAGAUGACUUAUCAAACAUUGAAGAAAUUGAUAAAUCUGCAGAGAGUCAGAGAUUGUUUAGAUUGGAUAAAGAACUGUUGGUUCCUAAUGAUGUUGUUCAGACAAUGGAGAGAACAAGGUCUUUUGAGAAGCCUAUUGAUUUGUUACAAAUGCAUGCUGAUUUGUUGAAGGAAGGCAAAAGUGCAAAGAUGAAUUUUGAUUAA